AUGGCUCUGUCGACCGAAGCUAUCAUCUCCCUUGUUACACUUCUCGUUACUUGCCCUUCUGCUUUAUUGGCACUAUGGUCCUACGUAUCGCAUCUCCAGACAUGGCCGGGUGAAUAUAAUGAGCCCGGUCUGAUGAUGCGCUUGCUGCGGAUAUUCAAGCUCCAACAUUCUACAUGGUAUGAUAUCUACUUGAACCAAGAAGGACAGACGACGCAUAAGCUAACCUCACCACCAGCAGGUGAAAAUAUCAAUGGAACCCUCGGCCCCAUCCGCUUCUCAAUAGCCGCUCUCGCAGAGAACAUGUCGUUUCAAAGGGAAUUCAAGGUUGAGGUAUACUGUAUUAGAAAUUAG